AUGCGCCACAACUUCCAGUAUAAGGUUUUGAAGUCUAACAAGCUGAGAUAUACGAUUAGGUGCAUUAUAGAAAAUUGUAGUUGGAGGAUGCAUGCUUCAAAGUUGGACGCCACAGGGAUGUUUAAGAUAAAGACUUACAACUUGAAGCAUAUAUGUAGCAUGUCGUUUGAGGCAAUACGCCACUCUGAGUCAACGAUCGUGGAUGACAGUCGUGAUAUAGUAACCUCGAAGAGGAAGGGAAGAGAUCAUCGUCAAGCCAUCAGUUUAAUAAGUAGUGAAUUUAGCGUUGAUCAUAUGAGUUCGGGAUUGACUUGCACGCCAAAAGAAAUUCAAUAUCGAAUGAGUGAGAUGUACGGGGUCGAGAUCAGUUACAAGAAAGCAUGGAAAGGUAAAGAGAUUACAACGGAACAAGUCUUGGAAUCUUACGAGGGUUCUUAUAAUGAGCUUCCGGCCUAUCUUCAUGAGUUGAGAAAUGCCAAUUUAGGGACUGUGACUGAGUUACAGGUGAAUGACGAAAUAAAUAGUUUUGAAAGUUGCUUUAUUGCAAUUGGACAGUGCAUCAGAAGCCUACAUUUGCAUAUUCAGAGGGUCUUGUGUGUUGAUGCGGCACAUUUGACAAGAAGGUAUAUGGGUGUUCUUUUCAUGGUUAUUGCAUUGGAUAGAAAUAAUCAUAUUUUCCCUGUGACAUAUGGAAUCGGAGAAUCUGAGAACAAUAGUAGCUGGAGGUGGUUCAUUGGAAAUUUAUAG